UUAAGUAAGGCCUUAAAAUUUCACUUAUUAUAACAUUCUUGCUAGUGUACUGAAAUCACAUGUAAUUGAGAAUACCGCCUGACUAUGAGGUCUGUCGUUGCGCUGGUCUGCUUGCUACUCCGCACUAGCGAGUGCUUUCUGUUCCUAAGCAGCGGAAAGGCUCUUGAAUCCUACAAUGUAGACCCGCAAAAAAUCUCGGUUUCCGGCAUUUCCUCAGGGGCUGCCAUGGCGACGCAGAUUCAUGUGAUUUUCUCGCGGGAAAUUAUGGGAGUUGGUCUUGUAGCAGGUGUGCCAUUUGCAUGCGCCGGCUCCGUGGGGUCCUUUGUAAGCUGCAUGAGCGCCCCGGGCUUGGUGUCCGUCGCCGCCUUGGAGGCGACCACUACUGCAGGAGCCGCCGUGGGCAACAUUGACGCCACAUCGAACAUCGCCAAUGACAAGGUGUACAUAUACAACGGCAAACUGGACACCACCGUAAAUCCAGCAAUCGGUUCCAAGAUCGAGGAGUUUUACAGGCACUUCAUCCCCAACAGCAACAACAUCAAGACCGUCUUCAAUAUCAGCUCCGUUCACGCUCACAUAACGGACAACUAUGGUGGGCCAUGCGACCAACCGCACGAAGAGAACUACUUGAACAACUGCAAUUACUCCGCGGCUUUCGACCUUCUCAAUCACAUAUAUGGCGGAAAUCUCCAAAAACCAUCGGCCACCACGCAACAGAACGGACAGUUGAUGGCAUUCAGCCAAUCAGACUUCUUCUACGUUUCUACGCCUGGAAUGUACAGCAUGGACGACACAGGCUACAUUUAUGUUCCUUCCGGGUGCGUGAACAAAAGGACAGCGUGCAAACUACACGUGGCAUUCCAUGGAUGCAAGAUGUACCACAAGCGGAUCGGUGAUGCCUAUAUCCGCCACGGAGGCUACAACGAAGUGGGCGAACUCAACAACAUCAUCAUCCUCUACCCCCAGACCGUAACCUCGGCAACCAACCCCAACGGCUGCUGGGACUGGUGGGGUUACACGGGGGCACUGUUUGCAACUCAGAGCGGCUUUCAACCAACAGCCCUUAGAAGAAUGAUCCACAAAGCUGCCGGGAUAUGAAUUAAGAGUUAAAUACAUUUUGUAUUCAAAAAUAUAAUUCAAUACAUAUUAACAUGUU